AUGGCGCCGAGUUUACAAGCGGUCGCAGACGCGCGCAUAGCUCAUUUUGGCCCAAAUAUUGACCCUCCCCACUGUCUCUCCCCCCUCCCCUGUUUUCCCCGCGCCGCCCCUGUCUCUCCCCCGCGCUGCUGCCCACCCUCGACCCACCGUCCGCCUCGCCCCCCCCCCCCCCCCCCCCCCCACACCCCCGCCCCAGCGCCGGCGCACAGAUCCCCCCCGCCCCCUCCCCAAGCAUGGGGAGCCCUGAGCUGGCCCUCCCAUCGGCGCCGCAGCCCAUCCCCGUUCGCUAGGGUUGAGCUCUCCGGCCAUCUCCGCCGCCCGCCCUCCCUCCGCCGGCGCACAGAUCCGCCCUCCCUCCCAGCGCCGGCACGUACAGGUCCGGCUGCUCCAGGUCCGGCUGCUCCUCAUCUCCGCCUCGCCGCGGCCGGCAGCGCAGCGCAGCUCCCGCCGCCUCCUCCCCCGCUCUCCCGUCAGCACGGUCCACGGCUCCCGGAUCUGAAGCAGCCGCACCGUGUUGCCGCACAGCACAGCACAACAACAGCCCUCAUUCGCAGGUCGCAGCUAGCUAGGCAUCAGCGGCACCGGUCACCGGCGGCAGCGUACAUCACCGCGCGCGUCAACGGAUGCAAUCCCUGUAGGAGCAAUCAUGAGAUGUGUGACGCUCAGCAUAGGUGCGGCUGGACCAUGGUUCUAUGCAAUAUUUCUGAUGAUGAACCUUUGAGAGAAACUAUCAAAGGACCAUUGGGAUUUCAGGAUAAGAAAUGAGCAAGUAGCUUUGUAUAUGUAAGAUUCUUGGAGCAGUAUAGAACUAAAGGGAUGCACAAAUGGGCAACCUUCAAAGCCUGUACAGAAGUUCAAUGACAUGAAUAUUUCCUCUAUGCAUGAUUUUAUAAUUUGCUAUAUGCAUUUGAGAUUAGGCUUUUGUAUUUUCUUUUGAGAAAAAAGGGAAAAGAGAAGUAGCUAAUAAAUGGUAUACUAGAAAGGAGUGGCCAGAGCACAUAUUUGUUAUUGUUAUGGAAAUACAAGUGUUGCCAUUGUAAAUACAAAAGGAGUUGGCAGAGCACCUAUUUUGCAUGUGAA